CAUCUUGCCACAAACCUCACAGCCUAAAGAGUGUGAGACUGAGACUUCCCCUCUUUCUCCUAUCUUGAUCCUCAAACCCUAUCGAUUUCAUUCCUCCAAACCCAACAAUGCCUUUUGUGUAUGAGAGAAUAGCGAUCGGCAACCACCACGAGCUCCGCCAAUCCGGCAGUCUCAAGGCGGCGUUGGCCGAGUUCAUAAGCACCCUUAUAUUUGUCUUCGCCGGCGAAGGCUCCGGCAUGGCAUUCAACAAGAUCACGGGAAACGGUGCCACCACCCCAGCCGGACUUGUUGCCGCCGCGUUGGCUCAUGCGUUCGGGUUGUUUGUGGCGGUGGCCAUCUCAGCUAACAUCUCCGGCGGCCAUGUCAACCCUGCAGUCACUUUUGGGUUGUUCCUUGGUGGUAACAUAACCCUUUUCCGUGGCAUUUUGUACAUAAUUGCUCAGCUGCUUGGAUCCACCAUCGCUUGCUUGCUCCUCCUGUUCGCCACCGGUGGCUUAGAAACAGCAGGAUUUGGGCUUUCUGGUGUUUCUGUGUGGAACGCAUUUGUCUUCGAGAUAGUCAUGACGUUCGGACUGGUUUACACCGUUUACGCCGUAGCCGCCGAUCCAAAGAAGGGUGAGGUCGGAAUAAUUGCACCCCUAGCUAUUGGGUUCAUCGUCGGAGCUAACAUUCUCGUUGGUGGUGCCUUCACGGGAGCUUCAAUGAACCCUGCAGUGUCAUUUGGGCCUGCUUUAAUAAGCUGGAACUGGGCUGACCACUGGGUCUACUGGGCUGGCCCUCUGAUUGGAGGUGGGCUUGCUGGGAUUGUGUAUGAGCUUUUCUUCAUGACCCAUGAGCCCACACCAGGCCCAGAGUUCUAGGAAGUAUCAAUUUGGUUGUAUGUUAUGUGGUUUGGGAGUUUUUGUUCAUUUCUUUUUUUUUUUUUCCUGUUUAUGUUCUUAAUUGGAUUCACCACCCUGUUGCUGUUAUUGAUCUUUGUUUAUUUGGGGAAGCACUUUCUUUGUUUUGAUUGAUAAUCUGCUUUUCUUUUGAAGUUUAGUUGAAUGAAGUACGAGAUUAAAUUUAAAACUCGUCUCAUAAAUGAGUCAUAAUCAGUACGAGAAAUGUUUAAUAUAUCGUAAUAAUAAGAUGAG